AUGAGUUUGUCCACUGAACAUAAUAGUGCUACUAAUAGUGAGCAAGAAAAUCAGCCAGAUAAAGUGAUACUUCUGCUUAAGGCUGCUGGAAAUGCUCCUGUAAUGAAAAAGAUGAAGUGGUCUGUAAGCAGGAAGCAGAAAAUCCAUUGGGUAGUGGAUUUUAUAAGGAAAUAUAUAUCAUGUGCUCCUUCUGAAUCUUUAUUUCUCUACGUAAAUCAGUGUUUCGCACCGGCCAUGGAUGCUGAGAUAGGUUCAUUGCGUGGGGAUGAAAAUAUAUUUUCUGUUUAUACUUAUACUUUAACUCACACUUUUAUUUCCUUUUUAGUUCAAUGCAGGCUCGGCAAUUACUUUAUUGAAUCUGUGAUUCAUUUGUAUUUAUACGAAAGAAAUGUUUACCCCCGUGCUUCUUUUACUGACUUUGUCGCUUUUGGCCUGCAUUUAAAGACCUGCGAUAAUCCCGAUGUAAAGAAGUACAUUUUCGACUGUAUUGAAUCCUUACGACCCCAGAUUUCGGAGAUAGAUGAAUUGCGUGUUGUAAUUAAAUCUAUUUCCACCGGUCCAUUUGAGUCGAAACCCAUUGAAUCACUUGUUUUACAGUUCAAUAAACUAAAUGAAGAGUUUAUCCGACAGGAUAUUUGUUUCUCGUUACUACAAGAAUAUUUUGCUACUAUAUUGAUUCGUUUGAAAAUUCUUGACUCUUUUCUGCAACCACUAGAGUUUGAGACGACUUGGGAACCAUGGGUACAUUUCUGUUCGUCUUCAUAUCAAAAUGAAAAUCCUACAAUGUCAUGGAGUUUGAUACCAAAUAACAAUACAAAUGUUACUAAUUCCGGUUCAGUUUAUCCUAUCAAAUCAUUCCAAACUGAAGAUAUUCAAAUGCAAGUGUUUUUACUUCAGUAUUGA